AUGAAAUUAAAAAGAAUAUUAUUUUUAAUAUUAUUUUUGUUUAUUUAUUUUUGUAUAGUUUUAUCUUCAAAAUCUUUAGAAAAUGUUAAAAGUGAUCAAUUUGAAAUUGGGAGAGAAUUUAAUGUAUUAUUACCAAUUUUCGAUGAAAGUUUCAUAAUGGUAGAAUUAGAGUGUUUUCAAGUUGAUGAAAAAUCAUCAUUUAAAAUUGAAAAGAUUGGUGAUGAAAUGUAUGUUGGAAUUAACUAUUUUGAUGGUAAUUGUUCAAAUAUUGAAGGUGAAUUUCAAUUUAAAUGUACAAAUAAUUUUAUGGAUAUAAUUUCAUGUGAAUUCUUUAAAGUUGCAUGUUCAAAUAAAAUCGUUAUACCAUUUGAAAAAGAAAAAAAAAAAGAAACCAUUUUAAUGGAAUUGUAUGGAUAUAAAGGUGAUUUUGAAAAUAGUCAAGAAUUAUUACAAGUAUUAAAUGAUUUUUCCAAAUUACCAAGAACAUUUUCAUCACCACAUAAAGUUGCAUAUGCUGAUGAUUUUGAUUCAAACGAUCAACUACAAGCAAUUCAAAUCAAUACAAAACAAACUGAAAAUGAAAUUAUUCCAGUUAUUGAAAAAGAAAAAGAUGAUGAUUUGAAAACAGCUGAUAAAAACAAUACAAAAAUUUCAAAUGAAAAUAAUAAUAAUAAUAAUAAUAUUAACAAUGAAAAAAAUAAUAGCAAUAAUUAUUUAAAUUUAAAUAAUUAUUUAAUAUCUUCAAUAAUUAUAUUAAUAAAUUGUUUAAUUUUUUGUUUAAAUUAA